AAAAUUUGCAAUUAAAAAAUGGAGGUAGUUAACUUGUUAUCAAUUAUCAUGUCCAGUGAGUAGACUGCAACCCUCUUUUCUUCUUCUUCUUGGGAAACUCCUCUGUUUUAGUCUUUUAAUUAUAACAGCAUAGCAGUAUAGCAUACCUUUUUCUUUUCUGGAGCUUAACAGCUGAAACUCCUCCACUGCUGGACUGAUGGCCGAGGUGACUACUUCUGUCAUGCAUGAGGUCCUAGGCGGGCGGCUACAAGACGUGGACCAGCCAAUUGUCGACUACAUCAUCAACGUACUUGCUGACGAGGAUUUCGACUUCGGCGUCGAUGGAGACGGUGCUUUCGAAGCCAUCGGCGACCUCCUCGUCGAAUCCGAUUGCGUCUAUGACUACUCUGAAUGUCGCAGGGUAUGUAGCAAAUUGUCUGAAAAACUCGAGAAGCAUGGGUUGGUGAAACCAAAACCUUCUGUAAGAAGCUUGAAAGCACCACUGAGAAUGUUUGAUGGGAUGGAUGAAGAGGAAGCUCCUAAAAAGAAGCCCGAGCCAACUGAUGGCCCUCUGCUGACUGAGCGUGACAAAAUUAAGAUUGAGAGGAGGAAGAGAAAAGAGGAGCGACAAAGAGAGGCACAGUAUGAAGAUCAUUUAAGAGAGAUGGAAGCUGUCAGAGCCGGGAUGCCUGCUAUUUGUGUAAACCAUGACGUUGUGGAUGGGGCAGCAAUCAAGGAUAUACAUAUGGAGAAUUUCAACAUAUCAGUUGGUGGCCGUGAUCUCAUCACUGAUGGAACUGUGACACUUUCAUUUGGACGACACUACGGGCUAGUUGGACGCAAUGGAACUGGAAAAACAACAUUCCUUAGGUACAUGGCUAUGCAUGCCAUAGAUGGUAUUCCUAGGAACUGUCAGAUAUUACACGUGGAGCAGGAGGUUGCUGGUGAUGAUACUUCAGUUUUGCAAUGUGUCCUUAAUUGUGAUGCUGAAAGAACCCGACUAUUGGAAGAAGAAAGUCGGCUACUUGAGUUACAGAGAGAUAUCGAUCUAGAAGGUGAAGUUGGAAAGAGCAAUGGGGAAUCAGAAAAAAAUGCUAUUGCACAAAGGCUUGAGGAGAUAUACAAAAGGCUUGAGCUUAUCGAUGCUUACUCUGCUGAGUCACGUGCAGCAUCCAUCCUUGCGGGCCUCAGUUUUUCCACAGAAAUGCAAAAGAGGGCGACAAAAACAUUUUCGGGAGGAUGGAGGAUGAGAAUAGCACUUGCACGAGCAUUGUUUAUUGAACCUGACUUACUACUGCUUGAUGAACCAACGAAUCAUCUUGAUCUUCAUGCUGUCCUGUGGCUUGAGACUUACCUGGUGAAGUGGCCGAAGACAUUUAUAGUAGUUUCUCAUGCUAGAGAAUUUUUGAACACUGUUGUCACAGACAUUAUUCAUCUUCAAAAUAGGAAACUCAUUACCUAUAAAGGAAACUAUGAUACAUUCGAGAGAACUAGAGAAGAACAGCUUAAAAACCAACAUAAAGCAUUCGAGGCAAAUGAACGUUCCAGGGCCCACAUGCAGACAUUCAUUGAUAAGUUCCGCUACAAUGCAAAGCGUGCAUCCCUUGUUCAAUCAAGAAUCAAGGCGCUUGAUAGGAUGGGUCAUGUAGAUGAAGUUUUCAAUGACCCUGAUUACAAGUUUGAAUUUCCUUCUCCUGAUGACCGGCCAGGGGCUCCGAUUAUAAGUUUCAGUGAUGCAUCUUUUGGAUAUCCUGGGGGGCCAAUAUUGUUCAAGAAUUUAAAUUUUGGAAUUGAUUUGGACAGCCGCGUUGCAAUGGUUGGUCCAAACGGAAUUGGAAAGUCAACUAUAUUGAAACUAAUUUCCGGUGAUCUUCAACCAACCUCAGGAACAGUGUUCCGUUCUGCUAAGGUACGGAUCGCUGUAUUUAGCCAGCACCAUGUUGAUGGAUUAGACCUGACUUCAAAUCCCUUGCUUUAUAUGAUGCGCUGCUUCCCUGGUGUACCUGAACAGAAACUUCGUUCUCACCUAGGUUCCUUUGGUAUCACUGGAAAUCUUGCCCUUCAACCAAUGUAUACAUUAUCUGGGGGGCAGAAAAGCAGAGUUGCAUUUUCAAAAAUCACUUUCAAGAAGCCUCACAUUUUACUUCUUGACGAGCCAUCAAAUCACUUGGAUCUGGAUGCUGUCGAGGCACUAAUACAAGGACUCGUUUUGUUCCAAGGAGGUGUUCUGAUGGUAAGUCACGAUGAACAUCUAAUAUCGGGCAGUGUAGAGCAGUUGUGGGCCGUAUCAGAUGGCAGGGUGACACCCUUUGAUGGAACAUUCCAGGAUUACAAGAAGCUACUCCAAUCAUAAUAGAAUUGUGCCAUGUAUUUGCUUGCAAAAAUGUUUGUCCUGCGAAUGGUCAAUCCCCCUGCCAAAAACGAAGCUUAGCCAAAGUAUGGAAGGGAUCAUCUUUUGAAUCAGCAAUUUGCAGCGGCAUUCAAUGUGAAGCAGUACACGUAAAAGUGAUAUUUAUUGCGCCAUUGUAUGGUUUGCACGGCCAAUCUUCGAGUUUAACUUGUAUGACAGUUUAUGUUUAUUAUUAUUUACUAUAGUAAGAUCAUAAGUUGACAAUAUUUUUUCAUGAGGGGCAAAUUACAUUUGAUUGACUAUCACGAGACCACGUAUCUAUGACUCCACAGUGAAUCAUAUAUGACUCCUCAAAGCCACUUAUAUAUGGCUCUAUAUUAGUCGUUAGACUCCAUUGUGGAUUCUACUUUCGGACAGGCUUCCUCUACUUCAUAACCUUUCUUGGCA